AAUGUGUUUGCGUCUAAUACAAUUUAUGUUUUUCUUUUUUUGAAAUGUAGUGUCAAAUCUUUAGAAUUUGUUUAAACGUAUGAACAUAUUAAACACUUUCUUUACGUUGAUUAAUUAUUAUUGAUUAAAACGUGUCAUGAAUUGUAGAAUUUAAAAGAUUUUUUAGUGUUAAAAAAAUUACAUUUUUCAUGUAAUUUAUUUAACUGAUUUUGACAUUAGUCUUUUGAAAACAAUUGUCCUUUUCUUAAAAGUUAAAAUAUAUAAGUAACUGUGUUUUUCAGAUAAGAUAUUACAAUGCCUCUGUCUGAAAAACUAUCAAUAGUGAAAAGCAAAUUCACCUCCGGCGAAACCGUGGUGACUGCAACGGAAGCAUCAUUGAUGCAAGGAUGGGUGAAAGCUGCUCGAAUUUUAUCGGUUGUGAAUAAAGGACCUACGUAUGCUUUAGUUAUUUUAAUAACAUCUCGAACUCCACCUCAAGUGUAUAGUGAUCUUACAAUAGAAAAAGUUCUUCCCAUACAUGAGGAUUUUAAAUGUGUAAUAGACGCUGAUGGAAAACAGCAAGAUGGAACAGACGUUUAUCUCAGUGUUUCAUCAAAAAAUAUUGAAAUAACUUUUGAAAUGCGACCUGGAACUGAAACUAGUACUCUUGUUUCUGAAAUAUUUCGUGCCGUAGAAAUGUAUCAGAAGGAAAAAUAUUCCACAUCCGAAUACACGUGGACCAACAAAUUGACUGCAUCUACGAGGAGUUUAGAUGGGACUAAAGAUGAAGCGCAAGAUGUUGAUACAUUAGUGGAGCUUGAGUGUCAAGAUUUAGUUGAGUCGAGACAUAAUAUUGCCACUGGUAAAACUCCCGUUGCCAAUCGAGAUUCGUUGGUGCAAAUGCAUAUGCAACGCAAGUCAAACGAUUACACUUACACGGAAGUUUUCAGAAUUUUCGUUGGUACAUGGAAUGUGAAUGGUCAAUCAGCAAAUGGAAUCACUUUGGAAGAAUGGUUAAGCAGCGAUUCAGUAGCGCCUGAUUUAUAUGCAAUUGGCUUUCAGGAACUUGAUUUAAGUAAAGAGGCUUUUCUUUUCAAUGACACUCCAAGAGAAGAGGAAUGGAGACUAGUCGUUACUAAAUCUCUUCAUCCAAAAGCAACUUACGGACAAGUGGCGUUAGUUAGACUCGUUGGAAUGAUGUUGAUUGUCUUUGCGCAAGAUGGUCAUAUACCUUUUAUUAAAAAUGUUUCUAUCGAUACUGUCGGUACUGGAAUUAUGGGCAAAAUGGGAAAUAAAGGAGGCGUGGCAGUUAGUCUUUCAUUUCAUAAUACGACUGUUUGCUUCGUAAAUGCACAUUUGGCGGCUCAUUGCGAGGAAUAUGAGAGGCGCAAUCAAGAUUAUAUGGAUAUAUGUUCUAGACUCUCCUUUUCUCGAUGUAUUGACAAUACGAUACCAUUUAUACCCAAAGGAUUCAGAGAUCACAAUCAAAUCUAUUGGCUGGGUGAUUUAAAUUAUCGAAUAACAGAAAUGGACGCAGCUACUGCUAAGGAAUAUAUAAAUUCCGGACAAUUUACACCUGUUUUGCAACUUGAUCAAUUAAUGCAGCAGCGCAAACUUGGCAAAGUUCUUGCUGAUUUUCAAGAAGCUGAAAUUAAUUUUAAACCAACAUAUAAAUAUGAUCCAGGCACUGAUAAUUGGGAUUCCAGUGAAAAAGGAAGAGCGCCCGCUUGGUGUGAUCGCGUUUUAUGGAAAGGAGAAGCUAUUGCCUCUGUUGAAUAUAGAAGUCAUUCUAAAUUAAAAUUAUCGGACCAUAAACCAGUCAGUGCCAUUUUUGAUUCUCAGAUUAGCGUAAUAGAUAGAGUUAAAUAUCGUAAAACACACGAGGAAGUAAUGAAAAAAUUAGAUAAACUCGAAAAUGAAUUCUUGCCCCAAGUAAUGGUUGAUGCUACAGAAAUUAUAUUUGAUACUUUAAGAUUUCUUGAACCACACAGCAAAGAUUUAAUUAUUGCAAACACUGGACAGGUACCAGUGAAAUUUGAGUUUAUUAAAAAAUUAGACGACACCAGUUAUUGUAAAGAUUGGUUAAAAAUAAAACCUUAUUUUGGUUUUAUAGAACCCGGGGAAAAAUGUGAUGUUAAACUGAAAGUUCUUGUUGAUAAAAGAUCGGCCUGUAAACUAAAUUCCGGAGAGGAUAAACUUUAUGAUAUUCUAGUCUUACAUUUAGAGGGUGGAAAAGAUAUUUUUGUUACAGUAACAGGUACUUAUGAAAGAAGUUGCUUUGGAUCGUCAAUGGAAGCUUUAGUACAUAUUCCAGUUCCUAUUAGAGAAGUUCCUAUUGGAAGAAUAAUGGAAUUGGAAAAUAAUAAAAAUCCCUCACAAGAACCUUAUGCUGUCCCUAAAGAAAUUUGGCUACUUGUUGAUCGAUUGUAUCGUCAUGGAAUUAAAACACCAGGACUUUUUGAAAAGCGAGGUGCUCCUAAUGAAAUUAUAGCUAUUAGAGAUUGGCUGGACAUUGGCAGUCAAGAUCCAAUGCCUGGUAAUGUACAUUCCGUAGCCGAAGCUUUACUUCUUCUAUUAGACUCAACUGCUGAGCCAAUAAUUCCAUACAAUCAUCAUAAUGUUUGCUUUUCUACUGCAACUAAUUACUGGAAGUGCAAGGAGAUUGUCAUGCAAUUGCCAGAAAUUAGGAGGACAGUUUUCCUUUAUAUUUGUGCAUUUUUGAAGGAGCUUUUAAGCCACACUCAGGAUAAUGGUUUGGAUGCGAAAACUUUAGCGACCCUCUUUGGAUCAAUAUUUUUACGAGAUCCCCCCAGAAGUCGAGAUGAUUCUCAGUUAAGAAAUAGAGUAACUCAAGCAACGUUUGACCGAAAAAAGGCGGCAUUUGUUUUUCACUUUUUAGUAACGGAUCAAAGUGAUUUUCUUGGACGAUAGUAAUCAGAAAUAAUUGAUAAACUUUCGAAUAUUAGAUUAUAUACGUAAUAGUGUAAUUAUAUUUUAAAAAAAGCAAUAAUUGAAUGGAAUAUUUAGCAACUUUUUAUCAAUUGCCAGUACUUAGGUAAGAAUUUUGAAUAUUAUCUUACAAUUUGUACUUCGUUAAGGCCGUAUAUCAUACUUUACAAUUUUUAAUCUCAAAAAUAUUUGUAAAAUGUUAAAUAUCAAUUUGCGAAGAAAAAAACAUAGGCCUUGAUAAAUUAAAUUUCAUUAAAAUAUUUUACUUGAUCUCAUUGUAGAAUGAAACAUCUAAGUACAGAAAAUGGCAAAACUUAGUCACAAGGAGAUAAAAAAAUGAUUUUUUUUGUCAAACUUUGUUAUUUUUGGUUGCAGAUUUCUAUUUAUAAUAUUUUUGAAUUUCAAAUUAAGUUUAUUAUCAAAAAUAUCUUAUUUUACUUUUUUUUACUGGCAGUUGAGUGAAAAAUUGAAUUAUCUAUAUUAUUAGAAAAUUAAAUACCACAAUUUUGUUUACAAUUUACAUUUGCAUUUCUCACAUUGUUAAAAUUGAAAAUUUUAUCUAAAUUUGUUACUGCAACCAAAGAAAUUUUAAUUUUAUUGAAGAAAAAAAACGGAAAGCAAAAGAAAGUAAUUGUCUUGAAAGUAUAAAAGUAAUAAGGGGAAAAAAAUGAUCCUAUUUUGUUUAAAGUCUUUAAAAAAAGAAAUGAGAAAAUAUUGUUUGAUUUAAAAAGUAUUCCAUUAUUAGUGAAUCUCAUUCUAUAUUUUCUUAAUUUAUUCCUUUUUUUGCAGAGAACAAUUUCUGGUCAAGUUUAGAGAUUUGAAAAUUUUAGUGCAAUGUUCUUUCUUUUUUUAUUGUAUAUGUAUAUAUAUUUGUUAUAAGUAGAUGUUGUAAUGCUCAGCCAAUAAUUUUCGCUUAAUUCUUUAGGAAAUAAAAAUAUUUUUAUAGUUUUAUAUGUAAGAAAAAAAAGUUUCGUGAAAUUGUGACAACUAAUUUCUAUUCACAGGAACGUAUGAAAAAAUAUUAUAAUAAUAAGGAUAAUAGAACAAAAGAAUAUUUAAAUGUUUCUAAAAAAAAAUGGACAAUAUAUUUUUUUAUUCUAUAAAUUGAUUGAAUCUAUGCAAAAUAAUUGAUGUUUUUUAUAUAUGAAUAAUUGUGAAAAUAAUAAUUUUCAGGAAUAUAUUCUAUUGUUUUAUUAUCCUUUAUUUUUAAAUAUACAAAUUAUAAUUUGCAUGUUUGCUAGAAUUUUAAUACUAUAUUGCGUAUUAAUUUUACUGUUAGUAAAAAGCCUAUCUUGUCAUUUAAGUUUUUAUUUAAUUAAUAUUAAUCUCUCGUUUAUCAAUUGAAUGUCGUUAAUUUCUUUUAUUCAAUUUUGAUUUUUUAUGAAAUGUCAAUUUGAUUACUAUUUUGAUAAAUAAUUUUUUUUCAAUUGUAAAUUAUAUUCUUUGUUAUUUACGUAUAUUUAUAUGCAAAUAUAUAUAUGUUUUUAUUUAUUAAAUGCCAUUAUAUCAAAAUAUCAUAGAUGUAGGUAGAAUAAUUUGUUUUUCUUCGCUUUUUAUUUUUAAUAAAAUUGCAAGCAUUUCUAAACAAAAUAAAAAUCCUAUAAUUCUUGUAAUCUUGUAGCGCAAAAAUUAUCGAAUUUGUAUCAGCUAUAACCAAAAAAAAUUGCCUACUUGAAGAAAAAUGAACAUGUAACUAAGGAAAGAAAGUAAAUUUCUGUGGUUUUUGUAUCAAAAACUUUAUUUGGACAGUAAUAAAAAUAGAAAAUAUUUGACUUUUAAUCAUUUUUCAACACAGUUUUUGGACAAAGCGACGCCAAUAUUUUUUUUUUUGUUUUCUCAUUUAUAAAAAGAAUAGAAAAAAUUAUAUUUUUAUUGUAAAAAAAAAAUAAUGAGAAUACUGCUUAAAGCUAGUGUCUCAAAAGAAAUUUUUUUUUAAGACAUCACUAUCCUUUUUAAAACCCAGUAUAUGAGGAGUUUUUUCUAAAUUUAAAUAAUUCGUAUAUAUAUAUGUAUUGUAGCGUAAAAAUUAAAUCGAUGAUAUAAUUGUUUUUAAUAGUAAUACUAAUUUGUCAAGUUAGAAAGAAAAAAAAAUUCGCGUCUUAAUUAGAUUAUGCAUAACUGCGCGGGCGAAAAAAAACAAUUGCGUAAUCUAAUGACAAUGUUUCAUCUUUUUUUAAAAACUUGAAACUUCUUUUUUUUU